UUUUGUUGUUUUUACUCUUUUUAUAAUUUAUUAUAGUACAGUAUGAAUUCCACUUCGGCUGCCAACUCCUAUUUCCUCCGUAGGUUCCUUUCUAAAAAUUCUAUACUCUCUCAAAUCUCUCUCUAUCCCUCUCAAACCUCUCUACUAGAAUCUUAAAACUUUGUCAAAAUUGUUGACACAAUCUUUUGUCAAUCAAACACAAACACGCUUUCUCUUCUCAAUUCAACUCUUUAUCCCUCUUCAAAUCAGACAAACGACUUUUAUACAUAUACCUUAUCCCCUUUUCAAUUCAAAGAGUUGUGUAUCUGUUAGAAAUAGUAGUGUUUGUGAAGACUGGUUUUUUGUGUGUGAUGAGUUGAGGCUGAGUGACCCAGAAAGAGUUCAUGGCGGAAAGCAGGCGCUACGUUCUUGGUAACCAACUAGAUAUUGAGCAAAUACUCAUAGAAGCACAAAGUCGAUGGCUACGUCCAGCAGAAAUUUGUGAAAUUCUUCGAAACUAUAAGAACUUUCGUAUUGCUCCAGAACCUGCAAACAUGCCACCAAAUGGUUCACUUUUUCUUUUCGAUCGGAAGGUUCUGAGAUACUUCAGAAAAGAUGGCCAUAAUUGGAGGAAGAAAAAGGAUGGAAAGACAGUAAAGGAAGCUCAUGAGAGGCUCAAGGCUGGAAGCAUUGAUGUGUUGCACUGCUACUAUGCCCAUGGAGAAGACAAUGAAAAUUUUCAAAGACGCAGUUAUUGGUUACUCGAAGAGGAGCUCUCACACAUAGUGCUUGUCCACUAUCGGGAAGUAAAGGGAAAUAGGGCAAGUUGUAACCGCAUUAAAGAGACUGAAGAAGCUGUUCCCUAUUCCCAAGAAACUGAACCCAAUUCUGAGAUAGAUAGCUCUGGGUCCUCUUGCUUUCAUCCGAAUAAUAACCAAAUAACUUCACAAAAUACAGAUACAACAAGCCUCAACAGUAGUGCUCAGGCAUCAGAAUAUGAGGAUGCUGAAUCAGCCUGCAAUUACCAAACAAGUUCUGGAUUCCAUUCUCUCUUUGAAUUACAACAGCCCAUGGUGGAGAAGAUUAAUGCCGAACUCACUGAUCCUUAUUUUCCUGGACCAAUUUCAGAUGAUUAUCAAGGAAAAUUUUCAACCAUAUCGGGAGUGGAUUUUGCUUCACUUACUCAAGCAGAUAAGGCGAAAGACGGCAACAAUGCUGCACUAAAAAUCCUUGAUUUUCCAUUGUGGGAGGAUGUCUUGGGAAAUAAUACUUCUGGCACUCAAGCUGUGACUUUUGAUCCAUCAUUUUUGGAAACAAAACCUGAUACCACUGGAGUCCUUUCUAAACAAGAAAACCCAAUACUGGGGCAGCAUUUCACUAGCAACUUAGGUGAGAAGCGGGAGAUUGGAAGUCACUCUCAGGCCCAAAAAGAAUGGCAGGCUUCUGAAGGCAAAUGGCACUUGGAUCAGAAUGUGCAUGCAGAAUCAGUGUAUGGUGUCACUUCUAGGUUUAAUGAACAAGAUGGUAAUUGGGUCAAACUACUCAAUUCUCGGGAGCCUUUCCUUCCAAAGACUGAUAAGCAAGAUAAUGAUCCUAUUCAAAGUAACCUUCAAGUACAGCUUUCAGAUGCAGAUCAUGGAUAUUAUCUGAAAUCAAAUCCAGAGAUCAAUAUGGCCCUAGAGGGAAAACCCAACUCCUCGUUCACUAUAAAGAAAACUCAGUUAGAUGGCUCUCUAAGGGAAGAAAAUCUGAAGAAGCUUGACAGUUUCAACCGAUGGAUGAGCAAGGAACUUGGAGACGUAAAUGAGUCACAUACGCAGUCCAGUUCUGAGGUCUAUUGGGAUACUGUUGAAAGUGAAAAUAGAGCUGAUGAGUCCAAUAUUUCUCCUCAAGUGCACUUGGAUAACUAUACUCUUGGUCCCUCUCUAUCCCAGGACCAGCUUUUCAGUAUUAUUGAUUUCUCACCAAAUUGGGCAUACGAGGGCUCAAAAGUUAAGGUCCUGAUUACUGGAAGGUUCUUGAAGAGUCAGCAAGAAAUAGAAAAUUGCAAGUGGUCCUGUAUGUUUGGGGAAGUGGAAGUUCCUGCUGAGGUUAUAGCAGAUGGUGUUAUACGAUGUCAUACUCCAGUACAUAAGGCUGCAAGGGUUCCUUUUUAUGUGACUUGUUCCAAUAGGGUAGCGUGUAGUGAAGUGCGAGAAUUUGAGUACCGAGUCAGCCUUAUUAAAGAUGUGGAUAUUAUAGAUUAUAGUGACAACACAAAUGAUGAACUUCUUAUUCGAUUUAAAAAUUUUUUGUCUUUGACCUCUGCCGGCCCUCUGUCUACUGAUUCUGUCAUUGGAAGUGAGAAAUCCCAAGUAAGCAGUAAAAUCAGUUCAUUGCUAGAAGGGGACAAUGAUGAAUGGGAUCAAAUGUUAAAGCUUGCUUCUGAGAAGGAUUUCUCUCCUGAAAAAGUACAGGACAAGCUUCUUGAAAAGCUACUGAAAGAGAAGUUGCAUGUAUGGCUCCUGCAGAAAGCAGCAGAAGAUGGAAAAGGCCCUUCUGUUGUAGAUGAGGAUGGCCAAGGUGUACUGCAUUUUGCAGCUGCUCUUGGCUAUGAUUGGGCCCUAGAACCAACAAUUAUUGCAGGUGUUAGUGUCAAUUUCCGUGAUGUGAAUGGAUGGACUGCACUUCAUUGGGCGGCAUUUUGUGGCAGAGAGCGAACAGUUGCUUCCCUUGUCUCUCUUGGUGCGGCUCCUGGUGCAUUAACUGAUCCAAGUCCCAAAUAUCCUUCAGGCAGAACAGCUGCUGACCUAGCUUCUGCCAAUGGACACAAAGGAAUUGCUGGUUAUCUUGCAGAAUCUCAUCUGAGUACCCACCUUUCAUCUCUUAAGUUGGACACCGGGGAAGGUGAUGUGGCAGAGAUUUCUGGGGCUAAAGCAGUACAAAAAGUUUCAGAACGAAGUGCAACUCCAGUCAGUGAUGGGGAUUUACCAUAUGGAUUAUCAUUGAAGGAUUCACUAGCUGCUGUCUGUAAUGCCACCCAAACUUUUGCUCGUAUUUAUCAAGUUUUCAGGGUGGAGUCCUUCAAUAAAAAGCAGUUAAAAGAGUAUGGUGAUGAUACAUUUGGAAUGUCAGAUGAACAAGCUCUUUCACUUCUUGCUCUUAAGACAAACAAAUCAAGACUACAUGAUCUGCCUGUGCAUGCUGCUGCAGUACGGAUCCAAAAUAAGUUCCGCAGCUGGAAGGGUAGAAGAGAAUUUUUGAUAAUCAGGCAGCGAAUUGUUAAAAUUCAGGCCCAUGUAAGAGGCCACCAGGUCAGGAAGAACUAUAAAAAGUUUACCUGGUCGGUGGGAAUUAUAGAGAAGAUUAUUUUGCGUUGGAGACGAAAAGGAAGUGGUUUGCGUGGAUUUAAAUCUGAAGCACUUACCGAGGGCCACAGAAUGCAAGAUAAAUCUUCAGAGGAUGACUAUGAUUUCCUGAAAGAAGGUAGAAAGCAAACUGAGCAGAGGCUGCAAAAAGCGCUUGCUAGGGUGAAGUCCAUGGCUCAGUAUCCAGAUGCAAGAGAUCAAUAUCGUAGGCUGCUGAACGUUGUGACUGAUAUUCAGGGAUCCAAGGUUGUGGGUGAUGGAGUUCCAAGCAGUUCAGAAGAAACGGCUGAUUAUAAUGAUGAAAUGAUUGAUUUUGAAGCAUUCUUGGAGGAUGACACUUACAUGCCUUCAGCCUGAACCUCUGGUUCAUUCUCUUCUCUUGUAAAAUAAUGUUAUUAGUGGCAGUAGGAGUGGUAUUAUCAAAUUGGCUUUGCUAAAAAUACUUGUAUAAAUAAAAAAAUCCUACUAAUUCAUUUAACAAAACUUAAUCUUAUAAAGCAGCUUUGCUAUCUUGCCUUA